UCUACAACCGCAAGCAAAACCGCAGCAGAGUUGACUGAGUGGUGUGGCAGUCGUUACAAAUCUCUCGAUCCAACCAACUCCUCACAACAGAGCCAGCACCAAGCAAGCAAGCAAGAAAGUAAGAAAGCAAGAAGUCAGCGAGCCAAGAAAGCAAGGCGUCGUCAUCAUGGGUCGUGGUGAUAAGAAGACGUUUGUGAUGGCUGGCGACGUUGGUGGCACCAACGCUCGCUUUGCCCUCUUCAACGUGCCAAAGGGCAGCGCAACUGUGCCGGAGACAGAGCUGCUCAAGUCACACCAGCUGGUGUUCACCCGCAACUACAAGAACAACGACUUUGCCCAGUUUGCGGACGCCGUCUCGCGCUUCCUCCAAGAUGUCGAAACCGAGACGGGCGAAGCGGUGACUGCGAUCGCUACGGCGUGCUUUGCUGUGGCGGGCCCCGUGUUCAAGAAUGUGGUGCAGCUGACCAACCGCGGGUGGAACAUUGCUGCACCGGACCUCGAGCGCACCUUCAACAUCGGCGCCGUCAAGCUUGUCAACGACUUUGCCGCCAACGGGUACGGCCUGCUGACGCUGGACACGAGCGAGUAUGAGGUGCUGCAGGAGGGCAAGUGCGACCCGACCGCCCCCAUCGGCCUCAUUGGGGCCGGCACGGGUCUUGGCGAGUGCUUCCUGACGAGCAAGAACGGCGAAUACGAUGCAUUCCCGUGCGAGGGAGGCCACGUUGAGUUUGCGCCACGCAGCGACAUUGAGGUUGAGAUGCUGCAGUUCCUGUCGAAGAAGUUUGGCACGCAGGGCGCGCGUGGUCGCGUGUCGUGUGAACGCAUCGUCUCAGGCAAGGGCAUUGUCAACGUGUACGAGUUUCUGGCACACCGUUUCCCAGACAAGGUUGACAAGAAGAAGCACGAGGAGAUCAUGGCCUCCCCAGAGGGCGGACGGGUGCCCAUCCGCCUUGUCCGGUCGGAGGAUCUUGGUCUCCGCGGCGCCCACGUCGUCGCCACGCGUCUGCUCGUCCAGCCAACACCAACCGCCGCCACCACUGCCAUCGCCUCUUCCACCACGCCGUCGACCAGCCGCCCCUGUGCGCCGUGCGGGCCGUGUGGGCCCUGCCAUGGCGUCUGUGGUGCGCUGGCAACGGUUGCCGUCACCUCCAUCACCGCUGCGUUCGCUGGCGCCGCGUUCUACCACAUGCUCUCCCGCCGCACGUGA